AUGCGGAGCAGCAGCGGUAGAAUCACGCGGAAAAGCAGCGGCGGCGGCGAUGGUAUUGGCGGAGGCGGUGCGCGCGGCGGCAGCAUGCGGAGGAGCAGCGGUGGAAGUGCUGGAGGCUGUGAUUUCCAGCAAGCUCGGCUCUUUGAGAUCGAAAGGAAGAGGGAGUCCCGGCCUUUCGAUCCAAAGCUUCCGCCAAGGCCUCUGCCUCCUUUCCACUGCCCACCCGGGCGAAAUUCGACCACCGUUGGAAGGACGACCACCACCAUCCCGCGGGCAAGGAAACGGGGACCGGACCGUCCCCCGGCCGCAGGGGCGCCCGUUGCCGCUCUACCUAGAAGCCUUCCUCCAUCGGCUCCCGAGCUUACCGAAGGACGACACUCAGAUCCGGGAGUGACGGAUCUGCCGUGGAGGCUGGGACCUGAACGUCCCCCAGCCGCAAGGGCGCCCGUCGCUCGACACAGGAGCCCUCCUCCGUCGACCCCCGAGAUCUGCGAAGGACGACGUUUGGAUCCGGGGGUGUCGUAUCUGCCGUGGAGGCUGAUUCUGGUGGACCUGCCAGACGAGAGGGUGACAAGGUGGAGGUUGGCGGACCCACGACCUCGGCCGGUCACCACCCAGGUCUCGCGCUCCACGCAGACGGGCGUCGCCUGCGCCCAGUCUCGUUCCUCACUGGCGCCUCUGAGCCCGCUGCCAACAACGCCGCAGAAACCACGAACGCCAGGUCGACCGCGGAGUCCUGUCCGGAGACAGCCUCCGAGCCCGCGGCCGACAGCGCCGCAGAAGCCGACGCCAGGGCGACCGCGGAGUCCCGUCCGGAGCCGGCCUCUGAGCCCGCGGCCAUCAACGCUGCAGCAACCAAGGACGCCGGCGCGACCGCCGAGUCCUCUUGGAGAACCUCCGGCGACGCCAGACCAGCCAUCGAGCCUGCCCGCCGAAUCAGCGAGCCUCACUAGUCCGCCGCACCGCACGUCGAGCACAAGCACCAGCCCCCGACGUUCGGCGAGCCCGUCGAAGCGUUCCAGAACACGGGAGCGCUUCCGGGAUCUCCGGGCCAAGCGUGCGCGGAAGUCGCAGCUCCCCAAGAUCCGGGCCAUCACGUCGGUGCAGCGCAACCCGUAUCUUCAGGCUCGGCUGAGAGAGCUCUUCGGCGAGGACGAGGAGAACUCCCCCCCGGAGGAGGGGGUUAGACGACCUCAACCGGCGACAGCCUUCGCAUCUUUCGGCGCGGGCACCUUCGGGUGCCACCCGACUUACUUCCUACCUCUCCCUGGAGUCAAUCCAUCUUAA